AAUUAAUGCAGCCAUGUGCUAUAUGCUUAAAUCAUCAUUUCAUGUAAUGACAUUUUAAAACGUGAUGUUCAUGCAAAGCGGUUAGCGACAUUAAGACUGAGCGGAACUUUUGAGUGUGGCGUUGUUUUGCCAACUCAGGUAAUAUUUAAUCACCUGGCAGGAAGUGGUGUGACAUCGAAGAUGUCCAUUAGGAAACGCUUCUCUCGUAACCGAUGUACACCUACAGUGCAGCCAAAUGCUGCAGCAACUGAGAAAACCGUUUCGAACCGUGGGAAGUACAACAAAAGUGAGUAGGGCCACCCAAGCUCAGGGACAGACAGUAGUCCGAGCUAAACCAGCUCACGUCGUUGCUAACACGGCAGAGACUACGUUGGUCAGGUGUAGCCAUCCAUCUCCACUGUUCUGCCAAGUCUUAGCCAAACCGUUUAGCUAGCUAAACGUCACAGAAGUUAAUAUAGGGGAGGAAUUUCUACUUUUCAUUUAACUUCUUCUUUGCUCGUAGUUGGCAUUGCCCCGAGCGUCACUCGAGUGGACUCAGGCUUCUCUACAUCCAAACAUGCCCCGACUGUCGUUGGCCUCAUUAAAGACCGUUUUCACGGGUCUGACCUUCCGGGGAGACUGCCCGGACGGAUAUUAGUCUGAGACGUCGACCGCCAACUUCGGUUGUUUUAAUGGGUGAAGAGGAGGAUCUUGCUGACAUUUCGUCCUGUCCAAGAUGGCAAACCUUGUGACAUCGUUGUGCUGUGUAGUUCUGGCCGCAGUGGUGGUAGCCUACGCUCAGAGACGCAGUCAGCUUGUUGCUAGGAACCAGUAUGAACGAAUGGGCAGUGAUGUUACCAUGCAGUGUGGCUCCUUGGACAAUGACGCAUCAGUGUCAUGGAAGGUGAACGGGACGGAUGUGAAGGCCCAGCACCAUCUAGAAGGUCCGAGACUGAUCCUGACCCAGGUGAACCUGGGACACAACGGACUCUACAGCUGCUUUCAGAACCCGCAUGGAGAGAGGCGUGACACCAUCUUCCUCCACAUUGGCAUUUCACCUCGGGAGCCCACAGUCACCUGUCGAUCUAACACCUACCCCAAGGGCUUCUAUUGCAGCUGGCACCAGCUGUACGCAACCUACAUCCCCACUACCUUUGAAGUGGACGUACAACAUAACCAGCGUUCACUGGAGGUCCAGAAAGAUUCUGUCCACAAGAAUCGCUGUCAUGUACGGUUUCCUGAGGUCUUCUCCAGCUUCCCUUACAAAGUCAACGUGACAGCAGUAAAUGCCUUAGGGAAGGCCUCUACCACCAUCUCUUUUGAGGAGUCCAGUAUAGUCAAACCGGACCCCCCAGAGCGCGUGACGGCAACCCCGAUCCGUUUCAACCCUCGGAGGCUGGAGGUAUCCUGGCACAGCCCUGCCACCUGGCCUGACAUCGACAACUUCCCUCUGAAAUACUUCCUUCGAUACCGGCCACUCAUCCGAGACCAGUGGCAGCAUGUGGAGCUAUCUGACAGCACGUCCCACACCAUCACUGAUGCCUAUGCUGGGAAGGAAUACAUCAUUCAGGUGGCUGCCAAGGACACAGAGAUUGGAACAUGGAGUGACUGGAGUGUUGCCGUCCAUGCUACACCCUGGAUUGAAGAUCCUCUGCCAAUCACUUCCACAACUGAAGGGGACUUUUCUACCGAGACUAAGACCUCCCCCAUACCGUCUUCCAACGCACCACAAAAGGCUGAACCUCCAGUGGGCAGAGCUGCCAGGCUCCUCACAUUUUUCUCCCCUUUGCUGUUAGGAAUGCUGCUGCUGUUCAUGUGAUUUAUAUGUCUUAUUCCUGAAGGAAGACGAGAAGUGAGGAGAAGAGGAAGAGGAGGGGGAGGCUGGUCUUUUUUCUAUUUUGCACAUGUUUCAAGGAUACAGUGCAUUGAUCAUUUCUGUCCAUCAUACAGUUACUCACCACAGUUACUUAGACAUAAAAUCAGACGAUGAGAAUGCGAUUCAGCAUUUUUGAUUGAACGGUGACAAAGAAAAUCUUCAGUGGAACUUCUGAAAGCGGCAUCAUCACCAACAACAACAGCAGCAGCGACAGGAGCAGCAACAACCGCAACAACGGCAGUGAUAUCAGCACCAAUAGUCUUAUAUUACACCCUGGUGGCUUUUAAUGUGCCACAGCAGACUGAUAUGUUUUGGAAGAAAACAGUUUGGUUUGGGAAUCUCCUCUUCAGAGCAAGAAAAUCAACUCCUAAGAUGAGAAAAAAAACCUCCUCGUUACCUUUUUUGUUUCGUUUUUUAUUGAUCAAUUGAUAGUCUUAAUUUUACUUUAACUUUCUUCUAAAAUCCAGCACUGCACAGACAAACACACACACACAUAUAGAGGAUGUGUGUUUGUGUGUAUAGUUACCAUAGCAGUCCCCACCCAUACAGCUAAAUCAUCAUGCCAAAGACUCAACUUCACUCCCGACAAAAUGGUUCCCAAACAAUUCAUUGAGCUUCCUGAAGCCUGUGCCUGACUUCUUCAUGGGUUGAAAACCCCAGAAAGUUGUGUGUGUGUGUGUGUGUGUGUGUGUGUGGGUGUGGGUGUGUGUGUGGGUGCACAACACCUCAUCGGUACCGACUUAAACGGUAUAGGAAUCAAAUUUGGGAUUAAUCUGAGGAACUCUGCAGCUCCUGUUUGUGUAAACCUACCAUUUAACAAAGAAGCCACAAAAAUACUCAAUCAGACUCUGAAUCUGUUCGCCUCCAACGACUGAAUCAAACUGACGGAGCAAGUUGUUUUUCGAUACGAGGACUAACACUUUGAAGAAUUCAGUAAUGGUAGUCUGGUUUAUUUAGACGAUUAGCUUUACAUUCUGCUUUCAGCAACUGGAAAAUAGGACCUGGAUUGUAAAAAAAAAAAAAAAAAAAAAAAAAAAAACUUAAGUGGAAUUGAGACUGAACAAUUCUUUGCCCACCUAUUUUUGUUUUUUGGUUCAACUUUGUAAUGUGGCGACAAAGUUGGUUAUUGAAACAUUCAUACAAGCUAUGUUGGUUUUCCCAUUCUGCGCUGUGCUGUAAAAUACGAUAACACAAAACUGUUUGCUUUCCAAAUUCCAACGCCUUUACAAACAUAGAAAAUUGUCUUUCUGCAGUUUACAUUUCAGUAGCCAAUAUCACCAGUUAAUAUUAUGUUAUUCAAAGGAAUAUUGAUGUGUUUUAUUGUAUUUUUUUUUUUUAUUUUAUGGACAAAUAAUAAAAACACACAUAUAGGACUUUAGGUUUUUUUGUUUGUUUUUUUCAGACAUUCAUAAUGGCUUAAUUCUCCUUGAUCCUAUUUUGUAAACUAUGAUAUGUAACUUUAACAUUGAACAAAAAGUUUAUUAUUUAAUAAUAAUAAUAAUGUAUGUAUUAGCAGUAGAAUGUCGUAACCUGUACCUGGGGUCUUUUUUAUAGAUGUAUAUACAAUGACAGGUUUC